UGUGUCAGGUUUAAGGAGGCAGCCCAGGCCUAUGAGAGUACCAGGGACUGGGAUAAUAUUGUGUGUGUCAGGUUUAAGGAAGCGGCCCAGGCCUAUGAGAGCGCCAGGGACUGGGAUAAUAUUGUGUGUGUCAGGUUUAAGGAGGAGGCCCAGGCCUAUGAGAGUACCAGGGACUGGGAUAAUAUUGUGUGUGUCAGGUUUAAGGAAGCUGCCCAGGCCUAUGAGAGCGCCAGGGACUGGGACAACGUGAUCCGCGUGUUGCUGGAACACCUCAACAACCCUGAAGACGCCGUCCGCAUCGUCAGGGAGACGCAGAGCAUCGACGGGGCCAAGAUGGUUGCCAGGUUCUUCCUGCGUCUAAGUGACUACGGUUCAGCCAUCCAGUUUCUGGUGUUGUCCCACUGUAACGACGAGGCCUUCCAGCUGGCUCAGCAACACGGGCAGAUGGACAGCUAUGCCGACAUCAUCAGCUCUGAGGCCACCCAGGAGGACUACCAGAGUAUAGCUCUCUACUUCCAGGGGGAGAACAAACACCUCCAGGCUGGGAGGUUCUUCCACAAGUGUGGCCAGUACAGCAAAGCUCUGAAGCACUUCCUGAAAUGUCCCAACACUGAUGACAACCUGGCCAUCGAGAUGGCUAUAGAGACGGUGGGCCAAGCCAAGGAUGAGUCUUUGACCAAUCAGCUGAUUGAUUACCUGAUGGGGGAGAGUGACGGCAUGCCCAAGGAUGCCAAGUACCUGUUCCGUCUGUACAUGGGCCUGCUGCAGUACAGAGAGGCAACAUGUACUGCCAUCAUCAUCGCUAGAGAGGAGCAGUCUGCAGGGAACUACCGUAAUGCCCAUGACGUGCUGUUCAGUAUGUACACUGAGCUGCAGACACAGAAGAUCAGAAUCCCUGCUGAGAUGAACACCAACCUCAUGAUCCUCCACUCAUACAUCCUGGUUAAGAUCCAUGUGAAGAGAGGGGAGCAUCUGAAAGCAGCUCGCAUGCUCAUCAGAGUCUCCAACAACAUCAGCAAAUUCCCCUCCCACGUCGUACCCAUCCUAACGUCAGCGGUGAUAGAGUGUCACCGGGCCGGACUGAGGAACUCCUCGUUCAGCUUUGCUGCCAUGCUGAUGAGGCCAGAGUACCGUCACAAGAUAGACCCCAAGUACCGCAAGAAGAUAGAGGCUAUGGUCCGUCGUCCAGACACCAGUGAGAUAGAAGAGGAGACCAGUCCUUGUCCAUAUUGUGGUUUCACGCUUCCUCAGUGUGAACUGAUCUGUCCUGGCUGCAAGAACAACCUGCCCUACUGCAUCGCCACGGGUCAUCACAUGCUGAAAGAGGAUUGGUCAGUUUGUCCUCACUGUGAAUUCCCUGCUCUCUACUCCCAGCUCAUCCUGCUGUUGGAGACAGAGAGUGUGUGUCCCAUGUGUUCCGAGACUCUGAGUGUGAACCAGGUGGAGAAGAUGGAUGACUGUUCCAGCUACCUGCAGCCUGACCAAUCAGAGCACUGAUACAGAGAUCUCUGUGAUGUGGUGUUCUACAUAGAGGACUGCUGCUGAGGGGGAGGACGGAUCGUAAUAAUGUCUGUAACGGACCAAUGGAAGCCAUGUGUUUGAUACCAUUCCUCUCAGGACAUUACCACGAGCCCGUCCUCCCGGAUUAAGGAGCCACCAACCUCCUGUGAUAGGGGAUAGGGAGCCAGUGACGUCUUCCUCCUCCUCCAUGUUUCUCUACCACUUGUUAAACUGUUGAUAUAGAUGUCCUCCUCCUCCAUGUUUCUCUACCACCUGUUAAACUGUUGAUAUAGACGUCCUCCUCCUCCUCCAUGUUUCUCCACCACCUGUUAAACUGUUGAUAUAGACGUCCUCCUCCUCCUCCAUGUUUCUCUACCACCUGUUAAACUGUUGAUAUAGACGUCCUCCUCCUCCUCCAUGUUUCUCUACCACCUGUUAAACUGUUGAUAUAGAUGUCCUCCUCCUCCAUGUUUCUCUACCACCUGUUAAACUGUUGAUAUAGACGUCCUCCUCCUCCAUGUUUCUCUACCACCUGUUAAACUGUUGAUAUAGACGUCCUCCUCCUCCUCCAUGUUUCUCUACCACCUGUUAAACUGUUGAUAUAGAUGUCCUCCUCCAUGUUUCUCCACCACCUGUUAAACUGCUGAUAUAGACGUCCUCCUCCUCCAUGUUUCUCUACCACCUGUUAAACUGUUGAUAUAGACGUCCUCCUCCUCCAUGUUUCUCUACCACCUGUUAAACUGUUGAUAUAGACGUCCUCCUCCUCCUCCAUGUUUCUCUACCACCUGUUAAACUGUUGAUAUAGACGUCCUCCUCCUCCUCCUUGUUUCUCUACCACCUGUUAAACUGUUGAUAUAGAUGUCCUCCUCUUCCUCCAUGUUUCUCUACCACCUGUUAAACUGUUGAUAUAGACAUCCUCCUCCUCCUCCAUGUUUCUCUACCACCUGUUAAACUGUUGAUAUAGACGUCCUCCUCCUCCUCCAUGUUUCUCUACCACCUGUUAAACUGCUGAUAUAGACGUCCUCCUCCUCCAUGUUUCUCUACCACCUGUUAAACUGUUGAUAUAGACGUCCUCCUCCUCCUCCAUGUUUCUCUACCACCUGUUAAACUGUUGAUAUAGACGUCCUCCUCCUCCUCCAUGUUUCUCUACCACCUGUUAAACUGUUGAUAUAGACGUCCUCCUCCUCCUCCAUGUUUCUCUACCACCUGUUAAACUGUUGAUAUAGACGUCCUCCUCCUCCUCCAUGUUUCUCUACCACCUGUUAAACUGUUGAUAUAGACUUCCUCCUCCUCCAUGUUUCUCUACCACCUGUUAAACUGUUGAUAUAGACGUCCUCCUCCUCCUCCAUGUUUCUCUACCACCUGUUAAACUGUUGAUAUAGACGUCCUCCUCCUCCUCCAUGUUUCUCUACCACCUGUUAAACUGUUGAUAUAGACGUCCUCCUCCUCCUCCAUGUUUCUCUACCACCUGUUAAACUGUUGAUAUAGACGUCCUCCUCCUCCAUGUUUCUCUACCACCUGUUAAACUGUUGAUAUAGACCUCCUCCUCCUCCAUGUUUCUCUACCACCUGUUAAACUGUUGAUAUAGAUGUCCUCCUCCUCCAUGUUUCUCUACCACCUGUUAAACUGUUGAUAUAGACGUCCUCCUCCUCCUCCAUGUUUCUCUACCACCUGUUAAACUGUUGAUAUAGACGUCCUCCUCCUCCAUGUUUCUCUACCACCUGUUAAACUGUUGAUAUAGACGGCUGUAGACCAUUUAGUUAUUUUAACUUAUGUACUCUACAUAUCUGCAUUGAAGCCUGUUAUUCAUUAGUUCAUUCACGUCGACGACGUUAAAAAAUAUGAAUAUUAAAUAUAUUUUUGCUCUUGUG